AUGGCUAGGUUUUUGUUAGAUACAAUCCACGACGCAACCGAUAACGGGGAUUUGAUUAAUCAAGACCCUGAUGAUAUAAUAGCAAAUAACACCGCAAGUGAUGUCUAUAUCACUGACACGCAUAUUAUACCCGUUGGUAACGAAGAAGUAAAGAGGGGUCCGGUAGACAAAAAGGAAGUACAGAGGAUGUUUCAAACUGACAUGGAAGCUAUCAAAGCUGGUCGCAACUCCACCCUGGCCAGGCACAAUGCGAAGCGUGACCUGCACCGAGGGACAGCUCCAAUGCAGCUAAACCAGCGUGCAAGUGACAAGGCGCAAGACUGGGCGGAGAAAAUUGCACGUGGUGAAGCAUUUGGUUUCGAUCCAGAUAAUACAGUCUGUGGGGAAAACGUCAUCUUGCUCUACACCAAUAAUGACUUGGAAUUCAUGACCAUGAACAAUUUUCAAGAAACCGGAAAAAUAUGCGUCGAUCGUUGGUAUGAGCAAAUCAACAAUUACGAUUUCGACAAUCAUGCGGCCCGUCAAGCGGGAAAACCAAUUGGUAGUUUUACUCAGGCAGUCUGGAAGAAUUCCACAUAUCUCGGCGUCGGAAUUGCCAAGGAGAAAGAUGGAAAAUACAUCAUUGUCGUUUGCCGCUACUUUCAAAAGGGGAACAUCAAGGGUAAACGAGCCCGCAAUAUCGGCAGACUUAAAAACUGA